AUGCGCUCGCCACUCCAAAGAUGGAAGAAUGUGGACGAGCCUGAUGACGGUGUCCCUCCCCCACUCCGAUUCAACCCAAGGCGCACUCCAGGUGUCCAGCCUCCAAUACACCUGGGGAUCCCCUCUCCGGGUGAAAUUUUUUCUUUUUUUUAUGAUUUGCCAGUCCUGAGGCUCCUCUGUGAAUACACCAACAAAAACGCAGAGCAAAACCAGCAGGCCGGAAAGAAGUUCGUCUGGAAUAAGAUCCAUCCGGCGGAAAUGAAGCACUUCCUUGGUCUGCUGGUUUACAUGUCAGUGUUGGAGCUCCCCAAAAUUAGCGACUACUGGCGCCAGGCAACCAUUUUUCGUGUCCCCUUCCCGGCCACCGUCAUGGCCCGCGACCGUUUUUUAGCCAUACUGUCCAACAUCCACAUGAGUGACCCUGAAAAAACAGCUGAAGAGGAGAGGAAGAGGGGGACGGAGCAGUACGACCAUCUACAUAAGGUUAGACCCCUGAUGGACUUGGUCAAGACCCAAUGUAAAGCCAUCUAUCACCCGAGGCAGCACAUUGCGGUGGACGAAAGGAUGGUGGCGACCAAGGCAAGAAUAAAUUUGAAGCAAUAUAUGAAGAACAAGCCAACCAAAUGGGGUCUAAAGUUCUUCGUCCUAGCCGACACCAAUGGUUACACUGUGGACUUCAUGCUGUAUUCGGGCAAGAGUAGGAUGGCGACGGGAAAGGGGCUGUCUUUUGACGCUGUCAACAUGUUGGUGGACAAAAACUACCUGGGAAGUGGAUAUAUUGUCUAUACAGACAAUUUUUACACAAGCCCCCUGCUGUACCGCCACCUGAGCCAGCAGGGAUUCGGGGCUUGUGGAACUUACAGGCAGGGAAGAGUAGGUGUCCCCACCACGCAGGAGAACGCACUGACGAAGCGGUCCCCAAGAGGCAGCAUCAGGUGGCUCAGGGACGGGGGUCUCCUCUUUGUGAAGUGGAUGGAUACAAGAGAGGUCUCCCUUUGCUCCACCAUCCACCCAGUCUACAAUGGGGAAACUGUGCAGCGCUGGCAGAAGACAGGUGAUGAGCAUCAUCGCAUCACCAUUCCCCGCCCGACCGCAGUUGGGGAGUACAACAAAUACAUGGGAGGAGUCGACACGUCGGACCAGAUGAUCGGGACCAACUCCGUCCAUCGCAAGACCCGAAGAUGGCCCAUGACGGUCUUCCAGCAUCUGCUCGACGUUGCCGUCACAAACUCCUACAUCCUGCACAAGAGCCAGUCCACCAACAUGCAGGCGAGGCUGCUGACUAGGCAGCAGUUUCAGGAGGAACUGGCGGCACACCUCCUUGGGGUGACCUUGAAAACAGGCCAGCCCAAUCCCCCACCUCCACCUACCCGCCAGCACCUGCCUGUUCCCUGCAGCAGUGGACACACCAAGGACCAGAGAGCCAGCAUGGGGAGGCGCCGCUGCAAGCUGUGUUCUAGGAAUACACCCUGGAAGUGCGACGUAUGUGAUGUGGGCCUGUGUCUCGUCCUUGACAGGAACUGCUUCUGGCAAUACCACCAGAGCCAGUAG